GGUGCAGGCGCGGCGGGGCCGGAUCCUCUGCGUCACCGAGCCCAUCUCCUGGGGGAUGGGGCGGGCUGUGAUUCCUUGACCGACUUUUGUGAGCUCCCACCCUCCGGAGCGAAGAUCAUGGCCCCUCCUCAGGGCUCUCGGGCCCCGCUGGAAUUCGGGGGGCCCCUGGGAGCUGCGGCGCUGCUGCUGCUGCUGCCUGCCACCAUGUUCCACCUGCUCCUGGUGGCCCGCUCAGGCCCGGCGCGCCUCCUGGGCCCACCGCCCUACCUGCCGGGGCCGGAGGCGCUGUGGAGCUCGCGGGCGCUGCUGCUGUGGCUCGCCUGGCUCGGCCUGCAGGCGGCGCUCUACCUGCUGCCGGCGCGCAAGGUGGCCGAGGGGCAGGAAUUGAAGGACAAGAGCCGCCUGCGCUACCCCAUUAACGGUUUCCAGGCCCUGAUGCUGACGGCCCUGUUGGUGGGGCUGGGGGUGUCAGCGGGGCUGCCCCUCGGGGCGCUCCCGGAAAUGCUCCUGCCCUUGGCAUUCGCAGCCACCCUCACCGCUUUCAUCUUCAGCCUCUUUCUCUACAUGAAGGCUCUGCUAGCCCCUGCCUCGGCUUUGGCACCCGGAGGGAACUCAGGCAACCCCAUUUACGACUUUUUCCUGGGACGGGAGCUCAACCCUCGCAUUUGUUUCUUUGACUUCAAAUAUUUCUGCGAACUGCGGCCCGGCCUCAUCGGCUGGGUCCUCAUCAACCUGGCCCUGCUGGUGCAGGAGGCGGAGCUGAGGGGGAGUCCCUCACUGGCCAUGUGGCUGGUCAAUGGUUUCCAGUUACUAUAUGUGGGUGAUGCCCUCUGGCAUGAGGAGGCUGUCCUCACCACCAUGGACAUCAUUCACGACGGGUUUGGCUUCAUGUUGGCUUUUGGGGACCUAGCCUGGGUACCCUUCACCUACAGCCUGCAGGCCCAGUUUCUUUUGUACCACCCACAGGCUUUGGGGUUGCCCAUGGCCUCAGUCAUCUGCCUCAUCAAUGCUACUGGUUACUACAUCUUCCGUGGUGCUAAUUCCCAAAAAAACACAUUCCGAAAGAAUCCUUCUGACCCCAGAGUGGCUGACCUUGAGACCAUUGCUACAGCUACAGGACGGCAGCUGCUGGUGUCUGGGUGGUGGGGCAUGGUCCGCCAUCCCAACUACCUUGGAGACCUCAUCAUGGCUCUGGCCUGGUCCUUGCCCUGUGGGGUGUCCCACCUGCUGCCCUACUUCUACCUUCUCUACUUCACUGCACUGCUGGUGCACCGUGAGGCCCGGGAUGAGCGGCAGUGCCUGCAGAAGUAUGGCCUGGCCUGGCACGAAUACUGCCGGCGUGUACCUUACCGCAUCGUGCCUUACAUCUACUGAAGCAGUGCCACCCACCCCGGGUGGGUGCAUGUGCCCACCCACCCACCAGCACAUCCAGGACCAGGAGCCUGAACACACCCAGGACUCAAGGGCCUGCACCCUACCCAGCCCUGAGCUCUACAGGGCAGGGACAAACAGCCUUAGAAAUGAGGUGGCUUGGAGCAAGGAGAAAGUGAAGCCAGUGCCCCAAA